CGGUUCAGCUGAGCAAGGAAGAGAGCGAUGAGCGAGCGAGGGUUUCCUUCGCAUACUCUCCAUUUUUCUCCCUCCCAGUAAAGCGAAAGCGCUUGCCGGUGGAAAUUCGCUUCGCAAAAGCUUGCAUCCGGUUCCCCUCCCCCCUCAAAGGACCCGUUCACCCGGCCACCAGAAGAGCAACCGAGAGCGAGCGCGAGAUAAACGAACGGCGUCAUCAUCAUCAGCGUCGGCGAGAAUCAUCAUCGACCAGUCCAGUCAUCUGCUUCGUGGUCGGAAAAUUGGUGGCUCGUGCUUUUCAUUGACUGCGUCUGCUCCCGGUCGCUUCCUGCACGGGCUCCACGCACGGACUCCAUCGCCCUGCGAGCCCACCGAAAGGGCGACCGUUUUCGUCCCUAACCGAGCCGAGGCGGUCCGACCGCCGAAGAGCCCCAGUUUCGGGUGCCGAUGGUAUUGCCGCUGACGGUUUGCCAGAUGCGAGUAGACGUUCGAGGCCGGCAGAUCGCACGAAAUUUUCGCACGCCACGCGUCGUGUGUCGGAUAACCCGAGAGUGUGUGUGUGUGUGUGGACAUUUACGCGCUCGCUCUGUAUUUGGGGUGGGAAGGGAGGUAGGGGGUUGGUUCUCCAGGUCUCCGUCGCACACAGCACCACCUCCACCACCACAACAGUGUGUGUAAUACACGUGUGUGUUUUGUAUGUGGCUUUGUGCACGUGUGUGUGUGUGUUUAUGCCGUGUUCUGGUGCGUCCUGAUUCGAAUCAAAUUCCACUGUUUCGCUCCCAGAAACACAUCCGAUUUUCUACCAGAAGAGGAAGGUGUGUGUGUACGUAUGUGUGUGUUUGUGCAGUUUUGUUGUUGAGUGCUGUUUGUUCCGCUUCCGGUAAAGACAGGCGGUAAACUACAGCUCCCGGUCUUUCCGGUUUACUGUAUCGGUGACGGGGCUUCGGGAGCGCGGUAUCCGUACCAGCGCAGCGAGCAUUAAAAAACGCAGACAUCCUGGAAGCUGCCACUUCUAAAACAAGCGGAAGUGUUCUGCAUCCGGUGGCGUAUUGCAACUAUCAACUGUUGUGCAAGCAAGCAGAUAAACUCAAACAAAGUGAAACGAGUGAACAAAUGUUGAGUGCAGUUUCUGAUAUCCCCGGAGGAGAGUUCCCGUGAAUAGCAAGUAGUUGUGAAUGAAGUUAAAAGUAACACGAUGUUACCUGUGUACCAUGCUUAACUCCAAUUUCCAUUCGUGGUGAAUUCCGGUAGUAGUAAAAAAUACUCCUCAAAUCCAAAUUCAUGCUAGCGAAUUCCUGUGCGGAUCUUGUAGUCGUACGCACGCCGCGUGCGUCCUAGCGCGUCCUAGUGUGUGCGAGUGAGUGUGUGUUCCUGUUCAAACGUUAAAAUGGUUCGCAAUGUGCUGUUGUGUGCAGAAGCUAUCUGGUAACCGAUUAAUAAGCGAAAGCAAAAGUUUGAAGUGAUCGUUUUCAAUUCUCGCCCAAGUGGCGGUACGAGUGUUUGUGCGGUGCCGUGUGUGUUUGUGCCAUAUGAUAAAGCGUUCAAAAAUCAGUAAACGAAGCUGCAAAACAGCAAGAAUUUAGCACCAAGCUAAGGGGGAAAACAAGGAAAAAGGAAACCUCCGGUUGAGAAGUGCGAGAAAAGUUUUUCCACGCCGGUGUGAAAAUCAAGAAGCACACCGAUUUCCUUCCUUCGAAGUGUUUGUGCGCGGCGGGUUGUGUUGUGUUUUCCGUUUUGUUCGGUGAGUGUGUGUGUGUGCUUUCCGUGUGUCUAUACGAUGUGUGAAGUCAUCGAGGCGCAACGUGCAGAUGUAAACAAAGCGGCCAAUUGAGCAGUCACGAGUUCCAUUUUUCCCCAUCCCCAGAACCGGAAAAGGCAGGAAAAGCGCUGGCUGUGGUAGUGAAAAACAAAAUCGCACCAAAGGCUGGCUGCUGGGCACCGAAGAUAAAAGCAUUAUUAAUCAUCGAUUUUUGUUUUUCGCGCCGGAGAUCAGUUUCGUGGUCGUAACCGCCCGAGAGGUUUGUGUUGUGUGCGGUUAUUUAGUGUGCGUUUCGAAUGAUGUGUGUGUGCGUUCGUAAGUGUGUCUGUGAGCAACGCAGCAAGAAGCCGGUUUAGUUUCGUUGUUGUUAUAAUUGUUGUGCAAAAUAAGUGUUUAAGCAUCAGCAGAAGCCAAUAUCCGUGCUCGACCUAGAGAAAGUAGCUGGCAAAAGAAUCAUAGUAUUAUUAGCUGUUUAGGGGCUGUUUAGAGGGCUGUUGUUUCGUCUAGUGUGAAUGCAGUUGCCAGCCGCUUAAGCGGAGUGUUUUGCGAAACGAGCUUCGACUGCGAUUUGUGUCCCGAGUUCGGAUCCCGCUACCAGUUGCAAGAACGCCCAACGAUGGAUAUACUGCCGAGUGGAAGCAUUUUCCGGGAGCUCCAGAUCAUCCACGAAACGGGAUGCUUCUCGUCCGAGUCCUCCUUCGAGGAUCAAUGGCAACAGACCUGCUACGAGAUGGAGCGAUACCUGAAGGAUGAGCCAAAGCUGCAGAAAUACAAAAAGCUUCCUACCGACACACCCUGGGACCUGUUUGCAGCGCCCGGGCCACUAACUGGCUCGUGGAAGGUGGAGGUCGAACCGUACUGCUUCGACGAGCUCAACCUGAACGAUCGUGCGUCGGACUCGCGAUCCGAAUCAUCGUCCUCGUCAUCCUCCUCCUCCUCCUCCUCCUCCUCCUCCGAUGGUUUAUUGCCCCCUGCGUCCACUGGCAACCCCUGGCAAAGUGGAGCGACCAGUCUGCUGAGUUGUGCGGUGAUGGUGAAAAAAGAACCUAUCGACGACCCAGACGAAGAUCCCGAGUCGGACAGUCAAGAUGAACCGGGCGACAAGUACAGCAGUGCGGCGAACCGAGUUAAUCCCACCACGGAACUAGCGAAUCGAGGUAGCAGUAAUCACCAUCACCACCAUCACAGCAGCAGUCACCACAACAGUCUUCAUCACAACCAUCAUCAUCAUCAUCAUCGAGCGAGCGGGAUUGAGCUGCGGCUCGUAGCGCGGACGACGAGUAACGAUCUGCUACCGACGCUAACGCCACCCUCCUCGCCCGAGUCACACCUCAGCAAGGACAACUCGAACACCUCCACAACCGGUGUCAACGGUAUCACCACCAGCAGCACCACCCCCACCACCAACACCUCCAACAAUGGCAACAGUUUAGCGACGUCUGCCACGCUCACCGCGAUCAAGAAGGAGCCUGGGUCCGAGAUUGCGCUGCUCGAUCGGCAGGGUGGUCAGAUACUGCGCGUUUCAGCCGGCCCGCACGUGGUACGGUUGACGACCGGGGUGGCCGGACCGAAUGGGAAGAAUGUUGUGACGGGCGUCACGCGUGUGAUACAGGUCAGUCCUCAGCUGCAUGCGGCUAUUGCGCAGCGUAACUCAUCCGCCUCACCAAAUGCAUCAGCACAACCGAGCUCGAAACAUCACCACCGGCAACAGGAUCACAGUCCGGACGCGAAACGAAGGAUACACAAGUGUCAAUUUCUCGGCUGCAAAAAGGUCUACACGAAAAGCUCCCAUCUGAAGGCACACCAGCGAACGCAUACAGGAGAAAAGCCGUACAAGUGUUCCUGGGAGGGUUGCGAGUGGCGCUUCGCCCGAAGUGACGAGCUGACGCGCCACUACCGGAAGCACACCGGCGCAAAACCGUUCAAGUGCCGGCACUGCGAUCGAUGCUUUUCGCGCUCGGAUCAUCUUGCGUUGCACAUGAAACGGCACGCCUAAGCAACAGAGGGUUCGCUCUUCCAAGAGCACCACUCGAGCAGAGCUUUACACACACACACAGAUUGGUCGGUGCAUUUUGUCGUCGGACGCCGCCAUCCAAAAGCAAAAGGUAGGUGGGUGGCAUCAUGCAAACCCGCUAGAGGAGAGAAGUUUUUAAACCCGAAAAUAUUGUAGUGUUCGAAAGUGGAGAAGGAAGCAAGCAAAACAUAAAUGUGAAUAGAAAAUGUAGGAAAAUGAAACUGGGAAAAACAAACACAAACACAUUAAAACUAAACGAAAGCAAACUUUGUAGAAGCCUCUCAUAAAGAGCAUUCCAUCGGGGCAGGGAAAACACUAUAAACACACGGUGGCAACAGCCAAAGCCAACCGUGUGAGUAGGGAGAGAACGGUUUGCCCCCUUUCCCGCCUCCCCACCACCACCACCCACUGCUCUCAUUAAAAUCAUCAUCGUAUAGUAAACCCCUCGUUUAUUGUUAUAUAGCGGCCGAUGCGCUGUAAGCAGUAUCGUCUGACCAUCUUAAGCUUUCGUUCAACUUUGGUGCAAUCCGCGAUCACCCUCUCUCUCUCUCUCUGUGCGUGUGUGCGUGAUAUACGCCUGGGAGGCUACAAUUGGGGAGCGCUAAUUUUUUGUGGAAAAUCAGUUUUUAGAACACAAAACGAUAAAAAAAAAACAGAAAACCUUUCCGAUCGCCUAGAGGAAAAUAAGAAAAACCGAAAAACAACCACCCAGCACACUCUCAAGCUAAAAAAUAUCCGUUCACGUAUACUCAGUGGAGUGGAGAAAAGGUAUAAUGGUAAUUACACCAACAGUACGAGAAAACAAAAAGAAACCAAUGCAAAAAGUCGACGAAAAAACCGUGCCAAUAGAGCAUAUUUUCUUGUUUGUUUUUUAAGCAGUGAACCGAACGUCCAACAAUAGCAAGCGGUAGGGAAGCCUCACAGCCGACUCACCCAUAUACAGCAAGUAGGGAACCGAAACAAGAAUAACCGAAAAUCCGACAAGAAAAAACAAAACAAAACAAAACAUGCUCGUUUUUGAUUGUGCUAUUCUUAGGUUGAGUAAGCUACUUGUACGUUACCGGUUUGCAAAUGUGUUCAGGAGCAGUAGUAGUAGAUUGGUUUGUUUUGUUUUAUCACUUUAUUACCACAUUGUAGUUUUAAGUCCUUUGUUUAAGAUUUUUUCCGUUUCUUUUUGUCAUGCAUUUUGUUCUAGUUUUCUUGUUUGUUUUUUGUUCUUUAAAACGAAAUUGAUUUAAGUUUUAAUUUUCUUCCAUUUGUUUUUAUCAUGUUUAGCAUUUGCGCAUCAAACACGUGCCAGCUUAUCUGCUGUAAUGAGUAUUUUCUAGUUGUGAGUUUUUUUUCAUGUUAGUAAAGUUUCGAUUUUUAUUGUAUAGAUUUGUUUUGGACAACUUAGGAAGAGUUUUCCAACGAUAGCUUUUAUUUAUUUUAAAACAUUUCUAUUUUUUAACCAUCCAAUAAGACGAUUUAGUUGUUUUAAAAUGUUCUUAAUCUCUUAAGUAUUAACAAGUUUCGUUGCGGUUUUGUAUUUCUUCAAACACAAGUGGCCAUCAAUUGUUUAGACGUUACACUUAAGUUAGGGCAUAGGUUGACCAUUCUUCCGUACACCCAUUUUCAAUCCAAUCAAACCAUACUAGAGUUAGUGUACGAAGAAACCGCGAAAACCGCGUGAGAAUACAAAACAAGAGAGAAUGAAAGAUUUGAAAUCGAGAACAAACAAAACACUGCCAACAGAGAAUAUAGCCGUAGCCAGGUGCGUAACGUGCGUGACUUUUUGAAGUGCAGGGACAGUGAAACGAACAUUUUCCUUCCUGUAAAUGUUUGCCCCUGAUCCUGAUGGAUUCCAUUCCCGAUGUUUCCUCUUAUCAUCCACCGUUUGUUUCGGUACUGUGUGCGUGUGCACGUGUGUGUGUGUGGUCGUAAAAACACACGCAUUUCCACAAAAAAAAAUAUUGUAACGUUUAUCAAACCACCAGACAGUGAACUUGAGUGGGUUACUGUUUUCUUUUUCCCUCACAGCAUUAAGCGUGAAGAGAGAGGGCUGUAACAUUUAAUAGUAAAGUAAAUAAUUUUAUUCAUUUUCUAUGCGUGCUAUAUCGGAUAUAUGUGCUUUCGUGCGAAGCUUUUUGCGGAGGAACUUGCGCAUCCCCACGUUCAGUGUUUAUAAAUGUUAUUAUAAUAAUCAAACAAACGACUUUAUUACAAACAAACAAAAAACCGACAUUAGAACAUUAUACACAUCAGAUAUGGCUUAGCUUUUGUGUUGGUGAUCGAAACAAAAAAGAAAAACAAACGUCUAAAGGAUAAAGUGAAACAAGAACGUUUAACUUGUUUUUCUGUUCAGCGAUUUCAUGAUUGUGAAUCGUGAAAAUGUUUAUGCGUUGCUCGAUUAUUAGCUUUAAUGAGAUGAAGCCGACAGCUUUUCGCUGUAAAGCUUUUUGCAAAACAGAAAAUCGAAUGCGAAAUGUUUUCCUUACUCUGUGUCUCUAUAUUUCCACUGCAGGAAGGAAAAAGUUCAUCAAUAUUUAAACAAUUCUUUAAAUUAACAAAUCGUUAUCGAAUACAUUUAACGCGUCCGAUGAAACAUAGUUUUGUCCACACAAACGCAACACCUCUCCCCACAACACACACUCUCACACACACAUACAAAUGCAUCAGUAUUUGAUUUAGGGUAAUUGUGGAGUGGAAGAAAGAUAAAAAAACGUUUUCAAAACGGGGAAAAAACUAAAAACCUUUUGAUACGAAAAACAUAAUUCGACAUGGCUGUACUAAACUGGAAACCAUUAAACUAAAGUGAGCACUAAGAGAGAAACGUAGUAACCGAACGGCAGUAAGAGACCGAUCAUGAUCAACAAAACAUACACACACACAAAACCUAUCUUAAUGAAAGCAAAAAGUGAAAGUAAACAGCAAAACUGCUAAACAAAACUAUGUGUAUCUAAAAACGGUGUCUACCACGCAAAGUAAAAUCAAACAAGUAAAACAAUACAACACAGGCUACCACAAUCGACCGGAACGGGAAAUGAUUAAAAUUAAAAAAAAAAAACAUGUACCAUUUUUUGUAGGAAAGGCUCACUCUCUCGCUCUCACUCCCUUUCAUCCAUUCGUGCUACACCAUUUUAGAGCAAAUUUUAGACUAAUUCUCACAGCCCGAACAAGCAAUGUGGAGUAAAUGCAGGAAACAAACGCUAUCCAAAAGCUAGAUUUAGACAACAUACAAGUGAAAUAGUAUAAAGAGAAACACACACACACACUCAUACGAAUCAUCAUUCAUUUACAGAAGAAGAAGCGGAAAAGAAGAAAAAAGCAGUGAAAAACAUGUGUCAAAAAUAGUAUUAAUCAAAGACUGGAUAAAUUUUUAACGUGUAUUUUAAAAGAAAACGGGAGAAGAUUGGCGAAACCAAAGCGGGAGAAAAAUAACACAUAAAACAAUAUGUAAAGAAUGUAUAAAUUACCGCACAAAAAAAAACUCAUAAAACAAACAGAAACACAAAACGUACUAAGGCACGCAAAAUUGGUGACGCGUGUAACGGACGGGAAGGAAUUUUGUAAUAUUAGUUCUUUGUGUAUGUGUGUGUGUCGAAAGGAAUGGAUUGUAAAUGCAAAUGGACUCUUUCUCUCUCUCACUCACUCUCUCUCUCGCUCACUCACUCACUCUCGUUGCUUGGUUUCGUUUAACAUACUUGAUUUCAUUCAACAAUUCAUACAGCUUUCCUUUAAUUUACACUCUUUGCAAAUUAUCACAAACAAUUAUUAAUUUUGUUAAUUAAUCGAAAAAAGUUUGUUCACCGUGCAAAGAAAAUCAAAACAAGGCUAUACAAAAAAAGAAAACACACAAACAAGCAGAGCACACACUGGCGUUACUAAGUGCAGUACGGGCAGACUACUAGAUCGGAACGUGAUGGAGGGAUGGGGAAUAUCGAUAGAGUAUUAGUGGAGUGUAGCAGUAGUAUUCGCAGCAGCAGUAGCUUGACAACCGCCAGCGAGUACAGAGUAUAGGCAGAGAGUGUAGAGUUUAGAUAAGAUUGAAUAUUAUAUAUACAUACAUAUAUAUAUAUAUACAUAUAAAUGGAUAUAUAUAUUUUUUAAAAACAUUUUUUUCCCCCAAAACAACCGGUAGUAUGUUGUAGAAGCAGAAUUGGAACGUGAUGCAAGAAAAGCCAAACUACUCGCACGUAAAGCAAGCAGCAGAAGAACACUACUAAACUAAGGUAACCGCGCAGCAAACAAAGCAACCAUAUUGAGGUGAGUGUGUUUUGUUGACAACCAUUCCCAGCACAAACUACCACAACAAUAAGCAAUAGAGACAGUCAGGAGAGGAUGAAAAAAUUGUUCAAAAAAUUUGAAUCGAAUUUUACUCAAGCAAUUUGAUUGUUUUUUUUUUCUUAGCCCCAUUAUUAGGGAAAGAAGGUUUCUCGUCGAUUCGGUUUCUUACUGUUGUUUUUAUGCCCGGACAGUAACAAACAGAAAACCCGUUGUAUACAUCGAAUUGGUAGUAGUGAUUUUUUUAUUACGAGAUGAAGAAAAAAAAUCUCACAAAAAAUGCACAAUACACAAAAUGGCACAGGCCACAGAGGAAGGCAAAAGAGAAGAAAAAACAUUAUACCACCAAUACAAAUACAAAGAAAUUGAAGAAAAAAAUGCCCGGAAGGGAAAAACCUCCAAAAACCCCUAAAACGUAUUUUUGUAACACAAUUCGGCUACACUUCCAUAUGCGCGCGUAUGUGUGUGUGUUUUUGUGAUUAAAAGUGAGAGCAAAGCGAGCAAUGCGACAUCGGUGCAAGAUGUAAAAAAACUACCUGUAGCGAAAAUAGGGAGAAAAGAAAAAACAAAAGAAACCCGAAAAGCACAAAAGAAAGCGAAGAAGUGAAGGGUGUUAAAGAAGUACUGUGCAAAAGUAAACUACAAUAACGCAAACAACAAAAACGAAACGAAUUUUAUACAGCCACAACACGAGGAGAGACGAGAGAAAAUUGAGAUGAGAAAUUGAGAGAACGAAAAAUUACUAAAUUGCUCAAAAAACGGUUGGUUUGACAAUUGGGGAAAGCAUUUGAUUUGAAAACAGGAAACACGUACACACCUUCAUAAGGGAAAAACUCUUUUACCCACCAGCGGUCCCGAGAAAAGGCGAAGCCAACUGGGGGAAAAAAAACAAAGGAGACAUUAUAUUUGUACAACACAUCUACACAAGCGCACCUGUGCGAGUGGCUGUUUUGUGUACAUUUGGAAAACUUAUACAGCAGGUACGAGAGAUAAACACACAACAUGUAAAGAAAAGAUGAAAAGAGAUAAAGAAAAGAGAGUGAGAAAAUAAGAACAGAAAUAGGGGGGAAAAAGACCAGUGGAAAGUUUAAGAAAAACAGAAAACAAGAAAAGGAGAGAAAAGAAAAGGUAAGAAAAGUUGAAAAUCUGAAUAAUAUAUAAUUAACAUUUAACUCAUACUUUGCGCUUCUUCGAAACAAAAAAGCAAAAUAUGCAACACAAAAACACCCCCAAUUCGUUUAAAACUUAUCAUAGUUAAGGGGAUAUGGGCAACCAAAUGUUGGAGAGGAAAACCUACACAAAUUCAUAUCAGUUUUACUCGUGGAAAAGUGUUUCAAUUGUUUCGGAUUGUUACGUUUCGGAUAUAGCGAAGGAGGUAGAAAAUGAAAGAAGGAAAAAUGCUUUCAUAAUUAUUUUUCCACUCUAUCUCUCUGUUUUUUUUUUUAACUAAACUACUCUAGCAAAGCUGUUCUUAUGAUAGUUUUAUUCAAAAUUUAAACUCUAUAUUGAACUUGUUGUUUGUGUAGAUAAUUUUGUUUUCUUUCGACAUAAGUGUGUGUGUUGUAAUUAUUUAUUAAAGGAAAAAACACAUUCCUCUCUCCUCCUCUUCCCUGACACUAAUUGAGCACUGUUUUCCUUCCUUUCUGUCAUGGAGCAUAUAUAUGUAUAUUAGAGUACACACAAAAAAAUUAUAUCUAAAACAUUCAAAACAUUAUUGCAAAAAAAAAACUCGAAAACGUAAACCAUUCGAUAUAAUCGAUCUCUCCCCUUCAAAAUGGCCAUACACAACAUUAAACCUUGAGUAUAGGUUUUAACCAUUUAUUAGCUGCCCAUUAAUAAUGAAUGCGGUCGCGCGUUUAAACGUUAUGCUAAAAGAUUUAAAAAGAAAUUAAAAUUAAGUGCAUUGUUAAUGUGUCGCUUGUUAAACAGCAAACAGGGGGGGGAAACAAUAAACCUCCCCGCAAAUGUUUAAUUUGCUUUGCGAAUUCUGUUGUGCAUCGUGUGUAAAAAUGUUUUCUCUCUCUGCGUGCUGCCUGCCCGCACAGCUUAAGGCGCACCAACUAAUGCUGAAUGGAGAUUUGUGUCCUCUCGUUGGCAACCGUCUAAUGUAAAGAAAGUUAUUUAAAAAGCUCACAAACACACCCCCAUGAAAACGAGAGAAAAUGCUAGAAAAAAAAGCCAUGAACGCUAAACAGCAUGUAAAUAGUAAAACAAAACAAAAGAAAAACACGUAACAGAAACGUACGAAGCAUUGUUUAUAUGAUAGUAAAACUGAGGCAAAACAAAAGGAAACACAACCACUAACGUACGAUUGCGACGGUGUGUAGCUAAAGCAAAUAAGUAACCGUAAGUAAAUAAGUGAUAUUUUGAAGUAGUUUGCAAAAUCUGAUAUAAAAAAACGUAAACAAAAGUGAACAAAAAAAAUCAACACAAAAACGAAAACGACGAUGAUAGGUAAACGCGAAGGAGCGAAAUGCAGGACGUGGUUAUUGAAAAAAAAAAACGUUGUAAAAGAUUGUAAAAGAUGAUAAACAUAAGCAACAUUCCCCACCCUGGCCGGUAUUUGUAUGUAAUUAUUGUAUAUGUGCCAGCAAUGUGCCGGGUGUGCGCGCGUGUGUUUGUACGUAUGUAUGUAUGUGUGUGUGUGUGUGCUAAGAUGUACCGUAGGUAUGUAGAAAAUUGAAGAAAAAAUUAAGAGAAAAACAAACCAUACAGACAGACGUAAAAAACUCAAACAAGCGCAACAAGUAAAUCAAACGAAUAGUAAAGAGAGAGAAAUUUAGUGGAAACGGAAGGAAAAGGAAAUAGGGAAACGGCUAAGUAAAAUCCAGCAAAAGUACACGAAAGACGAUCGCGAGAGAAAGAGAAAGAGAAACGAUAAACGUAGCAAGAGUAAUGGAAGCUAUUUUUUAUGAAAGUUUAUAUAUAAUUGUAAUUUUUGUCUAUAGUUGAUUAUAGUAGCAUAAAUGCCCGUACAGAGGGUUGUGCGUGUGUGUUGGUGGACACUCCUUAACGGGAAGGAAAGGAAACAAACACACAAACACUCAUUAAUCGCCCUUUGUUGGCUGAUUUUAAUACCUAACGGAAUACAAAGAUUAUUAAGUCUACCAAAAAACACACACAAGCUCGAGAAAACGCGGAAAAAGUUAGUUCGAAUAAUGAAAAGUGAUGAAAACACAAGCCGGAAGUAAAAACACACAUCUAUAAAACAAAACAAAAGAAGAAAAAAUGAAGAGAAAAUAAGAGAGCCGAGUUUGGCUUGUUUGGUUUGGAAAAACGAAAAACACAGAGAAGAAAAUCAAAAAGAAGGAAUUGUACACACACACACUUCUUAUGCGUUAUAUAUAAACCCUUUUUGAUUUUUAUUGCAAAAACACACACACACACACACACAGUCGCAUACAGUUUUGCAAGGUCACACCGUUUAAGGUUCCGCUUGUUGACACAUUUGAGUGUAAUAAUUAAAAGUGUAUAGUAACAUUUAAAAAGCUUUGUGGCUCACGCAUACGGUUCGGACGGUUGUGUAAGCAGAAGCGUUGAUGGUUAAGUGAGGCGAAAAGAUACGUAUCACAAGAGCCACGCGCCUGUUCGGUUCGUUAUUAUGUCCAGUUGCCAUGUGUUUUUUGAAUACUUCGAAUGCUAUAUUGCCAUUUAAUGGAAAGAGAAAAUGGGAAAAUGUGUUUAAAGAAAGAGAAGGAGGGGAAACACAUACCGACACACAAACGGGAGAAAAAACACUCAAUACAAGCUCAUUAGAAAAGAUCAUUGAAAAGCAGAGUGAAAAACAUCACAAACAAAUCAGAAAACAGAAAAAUAAAAUAGGGAAAGGUAAAACAAGAGAUGGAAAAAAUAGAAAAGAAAACAUCACAAACAAAAAGGAAGAGAACGAGAGAGAGAAAGAGAAAAAGGAAGGUGAUAAAAACCACUACAAUGUUUAGUAAAUUUAAGAAUUCAACCGUGUUAGUAAAUGUUUAAUCAACCUUUCCUUUUUGGAACCCCGCCCUCCCUCAAACUCUUCCCCGUCUUCCCCAACCACACGGACCCACACACGCGCACACUCUUCACAAGUACACACACACGCAUCAUCUCACCUAAUUUCCCCGCAAUGUUGUAUUCUAGUUCCAUUCUCUUGUCGUAUUUCUCUCUAUCGAGCACCCCAAUUGCAUCUGAGUGUGUGUGAGUGUGCGUGUGUGUUUGUGUGUUUCUUUUCUUCUUAUUAGUUAAUGCAAUAAUUGUGUUAGCUAUAAAUUACACCAAAUAAGAGAAUUGAUUGUCGAAAUAUUUCCUUCGCUCGUCACACACACACAAGCAUACGUGCAGACACAUACAGCCACACACCAUCAAAACAUUGCACCUGUGGGCCAGCCAGCCAGCCAGCCAGCCGGGUUUUUUCGUCUCCAUUGGAGUUAAAUGUAUCCGUUUUUUCAUAUCGCAAUUUAGGAUUAUGUAUGAUUAAAGUGAAAAGUGGUGGAAAAACACACACACCCACACACGCGCGUGGAAAAAGCGAUAAAAAGAAAAAGGAAAACAGUUGUUUAAAUUAUUCGUAUCUUUAAGGGCUUUUAAUAAUAUAAUUAAAAACAAUUUCAUCGUGAGCACAAAACAAAACGAAAAGGAAGAAAAUGAGUGGAAAACGAAACAAAGGCAAACAAAAGCAAAAGAGAGCUGUAUUUUUGCGUGUAUGGGGAGGUAGGGGAAGGGGAGGGAGGUAGGCGCGGGAAGGUGUACACCACGGGCCAUUAGAAGCCAUUUGUUUUUGUUUUUCAUUUGGAAUGUGUAAAAAGGUAGUGCAAGGGCAGAGGAAAAGCAGAGUGAAACGGCGGAAAUGUGAGCUAAACAUUGGCAGGAAAGGGAAAUAUUACAUUUAAAGUAGGUGGAAAAUUUUUUGAGGAAUGUUACCUUUACCAGCACACAUCAUCAUCAAAGCAAGCUUUGGUGUGGUGUGUGUGCGUGUGUCGAAAAACAUGGCGGAAUAAAUCAGCCAGGACAAAAGACCCGGCAUCCAAGUGUGCUGGGUGGUGAAGCUUGUUUAGUGAGAAAUGGUAACCAUGGGUGUGUUUGUGUGCGUUGUUUGCGUGUGUGUAAGGAAAGUGAAACAUAUGAAGAGACACCGCUUCAUCAAUGUGUUAGUAUUUUGCUAAGAAGCUCAAUCUGUUUUGGGUCUUUAAGAAAAUCUUUUACAAAACUAUUUCCUUCGCAUUCGUUUAAAUGAAUCUUUGUUGCUUUAAGCUUUAAAGCUUGUUACACUAGCAAACCACUGGAACAAAGGAAAGGUUGUGUUCACUUUUCCCUGUUGUGAUUUGCUUCCAAAGUAUUAGCUCGAUUAGCUCUUUGCCCUUUAAUUUGAAUUUGAAAUGGUUAGAAAAGCUCGCACACACCCAAACACACAUACAUGCACACUUCACAGAGCGUGAAAAAGAAGUUAAAAAUCUGAUUUGUGGUCGGGUGACACACCUACACAUGCAGUGCGAAGCGAAAAGACACGUGGAAGGAAAGCGGAAGAGCGGAAAAAAACAAGAGAAUAAAAUCAACGCACAAAAAAGGUAGCAAAUGAGGGUGGAAAAAAUAUAAGAUGUGUAAAGUUUGAAAACAUACAACAACAAUGUGCAAUGAAUGAAUAAAAAUUAGUGAAAAAAGCAGAAGAAAGAGACGAAACGCGACACGCACACACAAACAAACAAAACUCGACCGACACAGGAAAAAAAGAUGAAAAAAAAACGAUAAAAGGUUAAAGAGAGGGAGAGAGCGAGAGACAGAGAGAGAGAGAGAGAGAGAGCGAGAGUGUGUGUAAGAGUGGAGUAAAUUGUGAAGAAGAAAAAAACCGGAAUUGUAGCUUAUAACUCUGCUAUGUGCAUAUUAAGUUUAAGAAUGAAAAAGAAAAUAAACGUACGUUCCUGUUACAAAAAUAAAAAAAAA